AUGAAUCAAAACAUGAAUUUAGGCUCCGUUCAGAAACUAAUGGAAGAGACGCAGGUUUUUGGGACCCAACCAAGACAACCUUAUAAAUUAGGUGGAAAUUACCAACCAGGUGGCCAUCUGUGUAGUUCGAAUUUGCCAUCUCAAAGUUUUUACCCAUAUUCAUCUCACUCUCCAUAUACGCAUACGAAUUACAGCAGUGAUUGGGAAAUUUUUGAAGCAGUAAAAAUUCGGGAACUGGAAGAAGUCAAAGCCAGAGCUGCCCAAAUGGAGAAGACCAUGCGCUGGUGGUCAGAUUGUACCGCUAACUGGAGGGAGAAAUGGAGCAAGGUUAGAGGAGAAAGAAAUAAAGCCCGAGAAGAAGCAAGACAAUUGAGAAUCAAAUUAGACAGUGUUGUAAAAGAACUAAGUAUGCUUAAAAAAAUAAAUCAAAGUUUAGUAGGCGAGAAGGAAAACUUAGAAAAUAUAACUGCUUGGAAAACAGAAUUCAGUUGCUCAGAAAUAUCUUAUAUUAAAAAAGAUCUAAACAAGUUAACAUUUUUGGUACAAGAGCCUGUGAAAGAACGGAGAAAAACCAACAAGAUUCCUGGGGCAGAAGAUACAAAGAAGGAUGUAGAGGUAAUCAAAGACCGAAGCAAUCACAAUAAAAAAAUCACUCCAAAGCCUCUGGAUUUCUUUCCCAAUGGCGUUCCCAGCAUCUAUUUGGAGGAACCUAAAAAAAGUUUGGACACUACAGCUAAGACAACAGAGAAUGAUUUAAUACAUGUUUCAGUCUUGCAUUUGCAUUUGGCUGAGAUGCAGAAAAUCCUACAGAAGGAAAGAGA